AUUGAACACUCAUAUUAGCUCGAAGAAGAAAAGAAUAACUAGAGAGAGAGAAGAAGAGUGCAAUGGGAAGCGCAAAUACUGAGUUAUACUUUGUUUUCAUGAACUAUGAUCCUGAGUAUCAGCGCCUUCGAGCUGACCAAACAAAGCGAGGAGCCAAUCAGCUGGAUUUGUAUCUGAGUAAGAAGCAUGAUGAGCUCUUGGCCCGCACGCUCGAAGCAGGAAGCUACCGAAAGACAUUGUCUUUGGUCAUUGUUGAUGGGUUUGCCGUAGAGAUCACUGAAGAUCAGGCUAAUUUGCUUAGAUCUGCCAAUGGGGUGAGAGUCGUGGAGAAGAACCAGGAAGUUGCUUAAUGUGCUGCCACAGAAGUGGGUCAGCCUCAGUGUGAUCGUAGAAAGAAAGUCAAUGAGGCUCAGGCUCGUGUAGCACAUUUGUACAUGUAUUUAGUUGGGGUAUUAAUUGUCCAUGAGUAAACUCUCUCUGAGGAGAUGAACUCUUGGGAGAUUUGUAUUGGGAUAAAUAAUUAUAUUAUAUAUCUAUGCCAUUA